AUGAUAAUGCUGCCGAGCACGUUCCGCGUGGCUUCGCGCGCUGCUGCCCCUCGCUCCGUGACAGCUGCCUUCUCGACCUCGGCUGUGAAAGCGAUGGCUACGCCUGCCACUGAGCGCCCUCCCAAGAUGAAGUCGUUCAAGAUUUACCGUUGGGACCCUGAGAACCCUACUGAGAAGCCUAAGAUGCAGACCUACAAUAUUGAUCUUAACAAGACAGGCCCUAUGGUUUUGGACGCUCUUCUGAAGAUCAAGAACGAGGUUGACUCAACUUUGGCCUUCCGCCGCUCGUGCCGCGAGGGUAUUUGCGGGAGCUGUGCCAUGAACAUUGACGGUGUAAACACGCUUGCCUGUCUUUGCCGUAUCGACCGUGAUGCCAGUUCUAGCAACAUUUACCCGCUGCCCCACAUGCACGUCGUGAAAGACCUCAUUCCCGACUUGACUCAGUUCUACAAGCAGUACCGCAGCAUUGAGCCAUACCUGAAGGCUGAUGGUCCUCCGCCGGGCGGGCGCGAAUAUUUGCAGAGCCCCGAAGAACGCCGCCACCUUGAUGGCCUGUACGAGUGCAUUCUAUGUGCUUGCUGCUCGACAUCUUGCCCAUCGUACUGGUGGAACCAGGAUGCUUACCUCGGCCCUGCUGUCCUGAUGCAGGCUUACCGUUGGAUGGCUGAUUCGCGUGAUGCCCAUGGUGAUGAGCGCCGUGAGAAGCUGGAGAACACUUUCUCUCUCUACCGUUGCCACACUAUCUUCAACUGCACGCGGACAUGCCCUAAGGGUCUGAACCCUGCCAAGGCGAUUGCCCAGAUCAAGAAGGACAUGGCUGUGGGCGCUCCUAAGGUUGUGGAUCGUCCUCUCCAAUCCCCAUAG